CACUCACACAACAAAUACAUUUCCGAUGUUUUAUAAAUUUUCUCAAUAAGUAUAGCCAGUCAGACGUGACAAACAUGUCAGUGCAAGAUAAAUAAUGAUCGUGUAUUGCUCCCCAGGAUCUCAAAAAAUUGACCAAAAUGUUUCCUCAGACGUUCCAAUUCAUAAAAAUAGAAAACCACGCGUUUCAGUGUUCAAAAAGCAUCGAACUUUUCCAGUGUAAAGAGUGUUCAAAGUUUCAAACACAUUUCCUUGUGUGUUUAAAACGGCACUCGAAAGAGCACAGAAGUGAGGAGCCAAAAGAACUCUUAUACAAGUGUAGAAAAUGCACCUUUGAAACGUAUUCCAAGUUUCUGCUAAUAACACAUGGUUUACUAAAAGCUUGUGCAUCGACAAAUCCGAAAACACGUACCAGAAAAGCGAAUUCUUCACAUUGUCACGACUAUGUGUGUAGUUAUUGUUCAUUUACAACGAAAAAACAGUCAUAUUUGACGAGACAUGUCCGCAAUAGACACACAGCGGAAGAUCAAAUCCAAUGGUUUCAUUGUGAACAGUGCUCUAGUAAGUAUAGGUACCACUACAAACUGCGCUUUCACAUGAAAUUGAAGCACUCAGACGAGUGCGAAAAGUGUCAAAUCAAAUUUAAAACAAAUCUAGAGCUAAAAAUCCACAUGAAAACCCACCAUCGCAAGUCUGUGAAAGUUUGCCGAUAUCAGUGUGAUUUAUCUCCGUCUAGUUUCGUCAAUCAGAACAACGAUAGCCCCCAGUCAGACAAAACCUACCUCUUCCACUGCGACCAAUGCACCUACAAAACCAACAGCAAAUACCUCCUGAAACAACACGUCAUUUUUAAACACACGGCAGAGGAUAAAAUCGACUGGUUCUGCUGUGACCUCUGCCCGUCGAAAUUCAAAGACAACAAAGGCUUGCAAAGACACGUCAAACGAAUGCACAUGUCUUCAAAAAACUGCGUAUUUAAGUGCGGCUACUGCAAAAUCAAAACCAAAGAUAAGUCUCUUUUGAGGGAGCAUUUUAUAUCGGGGCAUGGAGAGACAAAACAGACAGUUGACUUGUUUCAGUGUGAAGCGUGCUCCAAGUGCUUUAAAAGCGAAGCAGAUUUGCUAAGUCACAAGGAAGUGCAACACGGUGGUGAGAAGUGGUUUUACUGUGAACAGUGCACUUAUAAAUCGAGGAAUAAACCGGAUUUGAGGCGACACGUUCUGGUUAAACAUACGCCAGAAAAUCAAAUCGAUUGGUUCGCGUGCGGUGAAUGUACGGCUAUGUUUAAAACGAGAGAUUAUUUGCAGAAACAUACGAAGUAUGUGCACAUGUAUUCGUAGAAUUUCCAAAGAAAAAUUAGUAUUAGGACAUUAGAGGUGUUUUUGUGUAUUUAAUACGAUUCGUGAAUGGU